GGGAUCCGCUGCAAUUCCGUCCUGCCGGGAUUUAUCGUCACCCCCAUGACGGACAAAGUGCCCCAAAAGUGCUGGACAAGUUCGCAGGGAUGGUGCCACUGGGACGACUGGGGGACCCUGAGGACGUGGCAGACGUGGUGGCUUUCCUGGCGUCGGGGGACAGCGGCUACGUCACCGGGGCCACCCUGGAGGUGACAGAAAGUGGCUCUGGAACGACCCCGGCACCCUCCGUCUGCCAAGGUGGGCAGGGCCUUACCAGGCCUCGCUCCCCAACCCGACAGACUCCACACAGGGAACCUGCACCUCCAAAGCUGGAAGGAAAGAGGGCAAAGGCCUCUCCUCCUUUCUUCUUAUAGCCCAACUUAGGUAAAAAUGGUGGGGAAUAGCGGGGAAAUCUGGGCACUUCCUUGGUUACAGACUGGUCAUGAAGGAAGGCCCAGACUAAAGUACCAGAGACAUCACAUCCCCCUCUGUGACAUCACAUCCCCCUCUGUGACAUCACCUCCUCUGUGACAUCACA